CUCCUCUCUGUUGUAAUGGUGGCUGGCUGCUGCGCAGUGCCCUGAAGUAGCCUUUGAAGGAAAUGGGCCCUAAAGGAGAAGCAAAGGUGGCAAAGAAGCCGAAGGAGGAUAGAAAGCCCCCGCUGAAGAAGGAUAAGAAACCUGCUUUUCCACCAAAGCCAGUCCUCAGUGGGGAAGAGAAGAGAGAGAAGAAGUCUGCUUUGCGUGCUAUUUCGUUUCCUUUUCCCAAGCUUGUCGAGAUUGGUCGCAUUGCCUUGAUCAAGCGUGGACCAGAUGAAGGAAAAAUCUGUUGUAUUGUUGAUGUCAUCGAUGCCAACAGAUAUUUGGUUGAUGGUGCACCAGUAGGGGUAACUAGGAGACCUGUUUCACAUUCAGACAUCUAUCUCACCAAGUUCGUGAUUCGUAUCCCACGAGGAACUGGCACAAAAAAUCUGCGCCGAAACUGGGAGGCCGCCAAGCUCACAGAAAUCUGGGAGCACUCCAAAUUGGCCAAGAAAUUGCUUGAUGCUAAGAAGAGAGAGGCAAUGAAUGACUUUGAUCGAUUCAAGUUGGCCAGGGCCAAGCAAAUCAGGAAUCGCAUUGUGAGGCAGAGGUUUGUCCCAAUGCUUCGAAAGGCACGUCGAGAAGGGACACUGAAGCCGAAGAAGAGGAAGCACCAAAAGAAAAGGAAAAUUAUUGGUGCCCCCAAGGCCUAACAUAUGAGAUUGUUGUCUCCCAGUUUUUGAAAAUGAAGCAUGAUCCCAAGCUGCAUGUGGUGGAAUUAUAA